UUUUUGGGGUAAAGAAGUAAAAGAAUUGCCAAAUGUGUUCAACAUUUUCCCUUGCAGCAAAGACUUACAUUGGAGAGAGCAAUGGAAAUUUUCGACAUCGAAAAUCCAUGGUCACAGCAACAAGAGCUGAAGUGAUUACAGCUCCCAAGCAAAGAAGCAGACCUGUUUUUCCUGAGUUAUCAAUACAAGGCAUUCCUAUUGCUGAUUUACAUGUACAAGAAAUUGUUCAAAGGCAGUCUCAGACUUAUAGCAUGGACAGAGAAGGCGGCCGCAGAAAGCCACAGUUCUGUCCUAGUUUUCUUGAAGAAGCAUAUGAUAGGUGCAGGAACAUUUGUGCAGAAUAUGCCAAGACAUUCUAUCUAGGCACUUUACUAAUGACAGAGGAGCGUCAAAAGGCAAUAUGGGCAAUCUAUGUUUGGUGUAGAAGAACAGAUGAACUGGUGGAUGGCCCCAAUUCUGUCUACAUGAGCUCUGAAGUUCUUGAUAGAUGGGAAGAGAGGCUGCAAGACAUUUUUGAAGGACGGCCUUACGACAUGCUAGAUGCUGCAUUAACACACACAGUUUUCAGUUUCCCCUUAGACAUCAAGCCUUUCAGGGACAUGAUCGAGGGUAUGAGAAUGGACACAAGAAAAUGUCGCUACCAGAAUUUUCAAGAGCUUUAUCUUUACUGCUACUACGUGGCAGGGACGGUCGGCCUAAUGAGUGUUCCUGUAAUGGGAAUUGCACCAGAUUCUCUGAUUUCUGCUCAAAGCACAUAUGAUGCUGCACUAAAUUUGGGCAUAGGAAAUCAACUCACAAACAUCCUUAGAGAUGUUGGGGAGGAUGCUAUGAGAGGGAGAGUUUAUCUUCCCCAAGAUGAGCUAGCACAGUUCGGGUUAGGCGAUAACGAUGUUUUCUCAAGAAAGGUGACUAAUCAGUGGAGAGAGUUCAUGAAAGAACAGAUUACAAGAGCAAGGUUCUAUUUCAACCUGGCAGAGUCAGUGGGGAGAGUUCAUGAA